GGUGAACUUCUCCGCCAUCUUGCGCAUCUUCACUGCCGUCCGUUUGAAGUUUUCCCCACCGAAGCGACCCAAAAUGGCGUACAAAGGACAGAAAGUGCAGAAAGUCAUGGUACAACCUAUUAACUUGAUAUUUAGGUAUUUGCAAAAUAGAUCAAGAAUUCAGAUUUGGCUGUAUGAGCAAGUGAACAUGAGGAUUGAGGGCCAUAUUAUUGGUUUUGAUGAGUAUAUGAAUCUUGUUUUGGAUGAUGCAGAAGAAGUACAUCUCAAAACCAAGAAAAGGAGACCUCUUGGAAGGAUAUUGUUGAAAGGAGACAAUAUUACGCUCCUCAUGAAUACAGAACCCAGCUGAUUAAUGCAUCAUCCAUGCAUGUAUUGAGCUGAAGAUCAAGAGAAAUGCUUUUUGGAACAGAUUUGAUAUUUCUUUUAGCCGUGAAACCUAGUAACACUACUGAAAGGGCUUGUAACCUUUGUUUAGAACUUUAAAUGUAACUUUUGUACGUACAAGGCGUGACAUUUGUAUUUGUUUGAUUAUGAGUAACUGUAGCUAUGAAGUUCUGCGCAAUCGACCACUCACACCCAAAAUGUAGAAGUCUCUCGACAUUUGUUUUCAUGCCAGUGCAAUGUAAGGAUGUCUUUUUUCCAUGCCAUAUAUCUCAACCUGCUUCAGUCUCAUUUGUAAAGUUCAUCGUUUUACUUACGCUCAGAAAAAACAAUUUGUAUAUGAAGUUUUCUUCAUUUUAACGCACCGGAUGCCAAACAACAGUAAUUGUUCGAUAGCUGAAAGCUCUUAACUGUGACAUCUGACGUCUACAUAUAAAGGGAAGUGAGAUA